AUGACUGGAAUUAAAAUGGAACCCGAUAAUACUAGAUCAUUGUCAUCAAAACAUAUGCUUGAUGUUACGGCUAUGAUGUCAGGCAUCGGAGUGAUACAACAAAGGCAACAUAAUUUAUAUUAUUCUUGUUCAACUGAUCGAUGUAAUGAUGCAAAUGUAUUCAAACGUAUAUUAGAAUCUUUGUCAUUAAGUAGCAAAUUUAAUGAACUUGAAGGUCUUCUUAAUCCAGAAAAUCCAUUUGAUGGUAAUCAGUGUUUUCGUUAUAUAAAUCAAACUGAUGAAAGUUGUAGUUCAACUACUGAUAUUGAUCCAAGUAAAUGUAAACAAUGUUUAACAACUGUUAAAACUGAAACUGAAAUAGAUAAAAUAUGUGCAACUUGCUCUACUGAUGAUGCAUAUGAAGGAUAUUUAAGUAAUGAAAUUCAUUUUAAUAUGACCGAUCAAACACGUAUUCUGAGUUGGUCUAUUGCAUGUCAAUCAAAAGGUUGCAAUACGCUUGAUACUGGUCGUCAAAUUCGUCAAAAAAGUGAUAUUUCAUUUGAUUUUAAUAAAUUUUUACAUUCUAAUAGUAGUGGUGAACAAACAAUAUCAUCAUCAUUAAUCAAAUUUGCUUCGAUUAUUAUUUUAUUCAUUAUCAAAACUUUCUAUUGA